AUGAUUACCGAGAUCACUACGAUGGCCGCUUUUUCCAAUUUUCCGACCGUACGGCUAGCGUGCGGAAGAGUGUUGGAGGAAUGCUUAUCUCUAAACAAUCGGGAAUAUGUAGUCAACAAGGGAUACUUGAAGAAGUUGGUUGCGACUGCCGAGAAGCUCAACAAGAAUCCAGAACAGCAACGCAUGUCGCUGUCCAUUAUGGAAAGCCUCUUCAAACACUCUACCGCCACCACCUACAGGCUGAUCGAAUAUGGUGUUUUGGAUCAUAUUCUGCUAACGUGUAAACGAGCUACCGAUACACCGAUAACUUUACGGCAUGCAGCACUUGCGCUUGCCAAUUUAUCACUGUACAGCUUGCUGUUCAGGCUGAUCGAAUAUGGUGUUUUGGAUCAUAUUUUGCUAACGUGUAAACGAGCUACCGAUACACCGAUAACUCUUCGGCAUGCAGCACUUGCGCUUGCCAAUUUAUCACUGUACAGCUGUUCAGAAGCGAAGAAAAAGAUCAUCCAGAAAAAGGUGCCGGACUGGUUAUUCCUGCUCGCGUCACAGCCGGACGAUAUCACACGUUACUAUGCCUGCCUGGCAAUUUGCAUGCUUGGCAGCACAAAGGAAAUGGAGGCGGCAGUAAACAAAUCCGGCACCCUGGCCCUGGUCGAGCCGUUCCUUCUGGCCCAUCAAGCAACUACUUUUGCCAGUGACCAUUACAAGCACUCACAAGGACGCCCAAAGGAAUGGCUCGAGAGGUACUUCUUUUUUCCUAAAAAUGUAUUGUUUUAUCGACAUUAUUCGGUUCGUCUGGGCAAUUGA